AUGGAGGACGUCGACGGUGCGUUCGCCUCCGUGCCGCGCUCUUUCACCGUCACCCGCCCACCGUCGCCGACCCCGAGCUUCCGCACGGAGACGUUCUCCAUCGUGAACUGGAACCCGGAGCUAUAUAACCUCAUGCUCCCCAACGCGGAUGGUACCCCGCGCUGCUCGAUGGGCUUCCUACCUUCAGGCCGCCGCACCGUCGCGGGCUACCCGAGCGCUCACUGGAUCCCACAUAACGCAUCAUCGCCGUCCCCGAUGAAGCCCUCCCGCAGUCUAACAAUGGGGAUGGGCAUCUUGCCCCGGAUAUGGGAUGCUCUCCGUGAGGGCUCCCCGGUGAAGAAGGGACGUCGUCGGCCGGGGCUGCCUGCGUGGCGCGACGCGGGGACGGAUCUCGAAUACCACUCGGAUGGCUCGGUUGAUUACGCGAACCUGCUGCCACUGGACGGCGAGGAGGGCGAGCUCAUAGACGACGAAGCGUGCUUCAUUGACGUCAGAGCUAUCACUGGCAUGGACAUGAUAUCACAUUUGCCACUCGAGCUUUCAUUGGAGUUGCUUAGCUACCUCGACCUGCCAUCUAUCCUAGCUUGCCUGCGUGUUUCAAGAACAUGGAACCACCUUGCCCGCGAUAACUCCAUAUGGCGCGUCCUCUUCUCACUGAAAGAGAAAGACGGGUGGCGCGUGGACCUCCGCCGAGCGAUUCGGCCUGGUUCUUCGGCGCAGUCGGCCAUGCCGUUGUCCGCCUCGCGGGCGAUGAUACCUGCUCCAUUGGAGAUCAAGUGGUAUGAGCUCUACCGCACGCGGACCGAGCUCGAUCGCCGCUGGUCGAAUUAUCCUGGCGCAGGGCUGAGCGCAGACCUGAGCGACGAUGCUGUUGCGGAGGAUAAAGAGGUGACGAAGGCUUGGGAGCCCAAGGUCAUGCGCAUCAGUGGGCACAGUGACAGUGUCUAUUGCCUCGAGUUCGACUCGUCGCGUAUAGUCACUGGGUCGCGCGACCGCACCAUCAAGGUGUGGAGUCUGAAGACGGGGAGGUGCCUCGCAACAUUUAGCGGACACCGCGGGAGCGUGCUCUGUCUGAAGUUCGACCGCGAUUGGGACAUUGGAGACAAUGUGCGCGGGGCAAACGGGAUGGAGGUCGACGACCCGUUGGCGCCAAGAAAGGGGUUCCUCGUCAGCGGCUCCAGUGACUGCUCCGUAUGCGUAUGGGACCUGUACGCCCACCCGCAGGAGAACGGAGAGUCUGAGAUCACCGCGGAGGUGAAGGCGGUGCUCAGAGGCCACAGUGGCGGAGUGCUCGACCUCCGAAUCGAUGCCAAGUGGAUCGUCAGUUGCUCGAAGGACGCGCUUAUUCGAGUCUGGGAUCGUGAGACCCUUGAGCUGCGUUCUACUUUGCGCGGACACGAGGGCCCCGUGAACGCCGUCGGCUUGCAGGGUAACCGUGUCGUCAGUGCCAGCGGGGACGGCAAAAUGAUCCUGUGGGACGUUGCCAGCGGCGAGCGGUUACGGACAUUUGAGGGUCACGACCGCGGUCUCGCGUGCAUUGAGUUCAAGGAUGACCUCAUCGUAUCCGGCUCCAACGACUGCAAGAUCAAAGUCUGGGACGCCAACACCGGCACAUGUCUUCGCACACUCGUCGGGCACGACUACCUGGUCCGCGCUCUUGCCUUCGACCCGCGCAGUGGGCGGCUCGUGAGCGGGAGUUACGACAAGACGGUCAAGGUGUGGGAUCUGCAUUCGGGGAAACUCGUGCGCGAGUUCCGCGGAUGUCAUGUGAGCCACAUCUUCGACGUCAAGUUCGACCAUUGUCGGAUUGUCAGCACAUCGCAUGAUAGGAAGAUCGUCGUGCUCGACUUUUCCGAGGGGCUCGACACGAGCCUAUUCGUCUAA